AUGGCGUGGACCAGGAGGCAAUCUCAUCUCUCCAUUCUCUCGUUUAUUAUUGCCGUCUUAUUGGGGCCCUCUUUGUGUAGUUUGCCGGAAAAAAUUCCGGUGGCCUUCUUCAUAUUCGGAGACUCUACAGUGGACGUCGGGAAUAACAACUACAUCAAGACCGUGCCGGAAAACCAGGCAGGUUUCCAGCCUUAUGGAAACAAUGGAGUCUUCGGUGGACCUACGGGCCGCUUCUCUGACGGUCGGGUUAUCGUGGAUUUCAUCGCCCAAUAUGCAAAACUGCCAAACAUUCCUGCAUUUCUUGAACCUUCAGCUGAGUUUGUUCACGGAGUCAACUUUGCCUCUGGAGGAGCCGGCAUCUUGCCUGAAACUCACCAGAAUCUGGCAAUUGACCUAAGGAAGCAACUAGAGAACUUCGAAGAGGUGCAAAGGUCGCUGAGUGAAAAACUAGGGGAUGCACAAGCUGAGGAUUUGAUAUCCAACGCUGUGUAUUUCAUAAGCAUGGGAAGCAAUGACUACAUGGGUGGAUAUGUGGGCAAUCCCCUCAUGCAACAAUCUUACUCACCUCAACAAUAUGUAGGGAUGGUAAUUGGCAACUUAACAAAUGCAAUACAGGGUUUAUAUCAAAAAGGUGCGAGGAAAUUCGGAUUCUUGGGGUUGAGUCCCUUGGGGUGCUUGCCAGCACUUAGAGCUGUCAAUCCUAACCCCAAUAACAACGAGGGGGGUUGUUUCGAAGACGCUUCCGCACUUGCCCAAGCUCAUAAUGGAGCAAUCUCAACUGUUCUCAGGAGCUUAGAACAUCACCUCAAAGGAUUUAAGCACGCAAAUUCCAAUUUCUACAACUGGUUAGCUGAUAGAAUGAUAAACCCAGCAAAAUACGGUUUCAAAGAAGGGGUAGUGGCUUGCUGUGGGACGGGACCAUUCAAGGGCACAUACAGUUGUGGGGGGACAAGGACCGUUAAGGAAUUUGAAUUAUGCGAUAGCCCUAAAUCCCAUGUAUGGUGGGACUCUUUCCAUCCAACUGAAGGGAUUCAUGAACAAUUUGCAUUGGAACUGUGGGGUGGUGCCCCACAAGAUGUGGGUCCCUACAAUCUUGAAGCUCUCUUCAACAAUGACUUGGGCACCACCAUUGCUGAUAUUGUAGAUAAAGAUGUUGAUGCUACCAUCUAA